AUGCCUCCCUGUUUGUUUAUCACCAGGGUCCCGCCACCACGUACCUCCUCCUGUACGUUGACGACAUGCAUCAUCCUGACUGCCUCCUCGCCAGCGCUCCUUCAGCAGAUCACCGCUCGCCUCGGCACUGAGUUCGCCCUCAAGGAUUUGGGGGCUCUCCACUACUUCCUCGGCAUCGAGGUUGUGCGCCGGGCUACUGGCUUCUUCUUGCAUCAGCAGAAGUACGCCUACGAGCAUCUGGAGCGAGCGGGCAUGCUUAACUGCAAGCUUGCUCCUAUGCAUGUCGACACGAAGGCUAAGGUGUCUGCCGUCAAGGGAUCUCCGGUGUCCGACGCUCCCUUCUACUGCUCCAUCGUCGGUGCGCUUCAGUACCUCACACUGACGCGUCCGGACAUUCAGUACGAUGUCCAGCAGGUGUGCCUUCAUAUGCAUGCCCCUCGUGAUACUCAUUGGGCUCUGGUGAAACGAAUCCUUCGGUACAUACGUGGCACCACAGCUAUGGGUCUCACCAUGACGGCAUCACCUAACACCAGCCUUGUCGCCUACUCCGACGCCGACUGGGCUGGGUGUCCCGACACUCGACGCUCCACUUCCGGCUACUGCGUCUACCUUGGGCCCUCUCUGAUUUCGUGGUCGUCUAAACGACAACCCACGGUCUCACGAUCGAGUACCGAGGCUGAGUACAGGGCCGUGGCCAACGCCAUUGCGGAGUGCUCUUGGCUACGACAGCUACUUCAGGAGUUGCUAUGCGAGGUUACCAAGGCGACACUUGUUUCCUGCGACAACGUCUCUGCGGUGUAUCUCGCCGCCAACCCUGUCCAUCACUGA